GGUUAUUACCAUCAAGACGCGUAUGGAAGGCCGAAUGGCAACAUCUAAAGGGACUUGAGUUGGCAGAUCCCAGGUACGACGAGCCAAUKCCAGURGACAUUUUACUCGGCGCUGAUGUCGUUCCCUAUGUUACUCGAAGUGGUCGUAGAGAAGGUACAGGGACGGAGCCGGUUGGGCUUGAAACUGUGUUUGGAUGGACACUUAUGGGAAACACUGGAGCUACAACCAUGGAGACAGCCAACACAUUCGUAACUGCAUUGGAGGAGAUUGAUUCAACACUACGUCGUUUUUGGGACCUGGAGGAACUACCAAAAAUCCAGCAUCAGACCCCCGAAAACAUAAAAUGCGAKGAGUUAUACACCGCCACAACUACAAGAAAACCAGAUGGUCGAUACGUGGUGCAUCUUCCAUUCAUACAAAACCCACCACAUCUAGGAGAGUCCCGAGCGAUGGCCACGCAGCGGUUAUACAAACUCGAAAUCCGACUAGAGAAGUCUGAAGAACUCCGUCAGCAAUAUAAUGUAGCCAUGCGAGACUAUCUCGAUGCAGGUCAUAUGAAACCAGUUGACUCAACUGAGACUAUGACUUCACACUCCUACUAUACUCCACACCAUGUAGUACUUAAGCCCGAGAGUUUAACUACCAAAGUACGGGUGGUGUAUGAUGCGUCUGCAGUUACUUCCAAUGGAAAAUCUUUAAACGAUUGUCUAUUUCCUGGACCCAAACUUCAGCAAGACUUAUCGGGGAUUUUAGUACGAUUCCGAUUACAUUCCAUAGUUUUCACUGCAGAUAUAAGGAAAAUGUUUCGCCAAAUCGCUAUCACUGGCGAACACCAUGCAUAUCAGCGACUUCUAUAUCGUUUUCAGCCUACAGAUCCAGUGCAAGUGUUUGAAAUGACAACCGUAACGUUUGGACAGCGUUCCUCGCCCUUUUUGGCCAUUCGAACCCUCCACCAAUUGGCUGCGGAUGAAGCCGCAACCCAUCCAGAAGUUCAAAAAGUAAUACAUACCGAUCUUUACGUGGAUGAUGUAGCAACUGGAACGAAAUGUGAAGAAUCGGCUCUUCAACUGCAGCAAGAUUUAAUUAACGUGUUAAAGCGAGGAGGCUUUGAUCUACGAAAAUGGUCUAGCAAUUCCAUUGCUCUGCUUGAAUCUGUACCACCCGAACACCGACAAACCGAGGCAGUGACCUUUGAUGAGCCAACAUCAGACUAUACAAAAGUACUUGGGUUAAAGUGGGAACCCAAAAAUGACACGAUAGCUUACCAGUAUCAACCUAACCCGGUGAGGUAUAGUAAACGAGCGAUUUUGUCCGAGAUUGCUCGCAUCUAURACCCGAUAGGUCUUUUGACGCCGGUAAUAACCAACCUAAAACGGUUAAUGAAGUAUUUAUGGGCACUAAGAAUUGGUUGGGAUGAGGAUCUGCCAGUAGUGGCCAAGGAUGCUUGGACAAGAUAUCACGAUGAGUUGCCUUUUAUUGCUUCAGUAUGUGUAGCCCGGCGGAUUACCGUCGAGGAUGCUAACUACGAACUCCAUGGAUUUUGCGAUAGUUCGGAGAGUGCCUACGCCGCCGCUGCUUACCUUCUAGCACGCACAUCUAACGGUCAGAUCCAAGUUCACUUAUUAAUGGGAAAAUCUAAAGUGUCUCCGGAGAAGAAACUGUCGAUUCCUCGACUUGAACUUUGUGGGGCACUACUAUUAGCACGUACGAUCGAUUAUCUCCGUUCUAACCUGAAGUCAUUACCGAUUAACCAGUACUAUGCUUGGACCGACUCUAUGGUGACUCUUGCCUGGAUCAAUACACCAUCAGCUAAUCUUAAAACUUUUGUUGGUAAUCGGGUUGCGAAAAUCCAAGGACUUACUUCACAAAAGAUAUGGAG